UACAGGAAGGCCGUUGUCCUCAGACUGGACCUCUGCGACUACACGAGUAUAGCAGCGAGGCUGGAGCCCCUGCAAGUGGCGACGCUGAUCCAUCAAAUCUACUCGAAGCUCGACGAAGCUGUUCCUGAGCGACGCAUUUUCAAGCUCGACACUAUUGGUGACGAGUACAUCUGCGCUGGUUGGCUUGAGGAGUCGCAAGAACGGCUGGUCUGCCACAUGAUGAUGGCUCUUGCUGAAACCAUGCUCUCCGUCGUCGACGUCGAGAGCCGCAAGGCCGGCCAGCGCAUCUCCUGUCGCAUUGGCAUAGCCGUUGGGUCUUGUGUGGCAGGAACAAUGGGAAAGCAACAGCCGCGCUUUCAAGCCAUUGGCGAGGCGAUGUACCUUGCUCAAAGCUUA